ACGCGAGCCCACGCCCCCUUCCCAGAGCAGAUGAAUCAUGAAUGAUGUAACUGCGAAAAUAACGAAGGUAGUGUGCGCGCGCGAACUCUUGUCUUCUUCUUCUUCUUCUUGUGACGGAUUACGUUCAGAGAGAGGGAGGGAGAAGGUAGAAAAUUGAGUAGAUGGUGUGAACUUGGAAGUUCCGUGACGUUUGGGGGCUGUGGAAACCAAAUCUGGCUAACUUUGAGGGACUGAGGGCUCGCUUGUCGUCGAAGCAAGCUACAGAAGGGGACCAAGACGAGGAGGAUUGCAGACCUUGGCGUCGCAGGCUAUCCAUGGCCUUAACCUGGCCUUCUCUUUUCCGGAUCACCCUCCUCCUCCUCCUAGUCGCGGCCGUUUCCAUUGCUUUUUUCACUCUCCCCGUCGAAAAGAUUCUAAAAGAUUUCUUAGUAUGGGUUGAACAGGAUCUGGGGCCAUGGGGACCAGUUAUGCUGGCUUUUGCAUACAUUCCCUUAACUGUUCUGGCAGUUCCAGCUUCUGUACUUACUCUUGGCGGUGGUUAUCUUUUUGGGUUGUCUGUGGGCUUUGUUGCUGAUUCUAUUGGUGCUACAUUUGGUGCAGCUGCCGCAUUCCAACUUGGCAGAACUAUUGGGAGGUCAUAUGUUAUUUCCAAGUUAAAGAAUUAUCCGCAGUUCCAGGCCGUAGCAAUUGCAAUACAAAGAUCUGGCUUUAAGAUUGUUUUGCUACUUCGCCUUGUUCCUCUACUUCCAUUCAACAUGUUGAAUUACCUCUUGUCGGUGACCCCUGUUUCACUUGGAGAGUAUGCACUGGCCUCCUGGUUAGGAAUGAUGCCAAUAACACUUGCGCUGGUGUACAUUGGUACAACUUUGAAGGAUCUUUCUGAUGUGACACAUGGAUGGAGCACGUUUUCGACAUCUCGUUGGGUAUUUCUUAUAGCAGGCCUUGUGGUGUCUGUGAUUCUAAUGGUUUGUGUUACUAAGGUAGCCAAGAGUGCUUUAGAAAAAGCUUUGGCAGAAAAUGAGGAUAUUGAUGGCAUUGCAGCGUUGCCGGUUGUGGCUGAUCCAGCAACAGAUCUCAACCACCCUCUCAUAAUCAAGAUAGACUCCUCUCAAGAUGAUCAUGAAAAGUGAAUUCCAUGUUGAGUGUAAAUUCUUUCCGUACCUCCUUUUAAAGGUUGUGCUUCUCUUUUGCACUUUUGCUGUGUUUGCACACUCCAUCCAUGCCAUUCUUGAUCUGUACAGUGUCAAGCUUCUCUACCAAUAUGUAACUUUGGACAGAAGCAGCGGAUCUAUGGUUGAGAAUGUGUUCUAAAUUGUAACUGGACUCUUUUAACUGGUAAUAAGCAAGGAUGACACACGUUUCAUUGUCUCAA